GUGAUAGGCUGAGGGGCAAAAAUUUCACAAAAGGUUAAAAAACUACCCCUUGCAAUACAUUAUCGCAUCCAGUCAGUCUGUGGGGGUAAUUAACAACAGGUAAAAAUUGUUCACGUAAUAUUUCAUUAAUCAAUUUAUAAUAUAAACCUCGAGAACAGGAAGUGAACAGGAACUCUUACAUCGAGAAAAAAUAAAUAUUAAAAGCCGUGAGGCAUCUCAUUCUCUAGUCAUUUCUGAAUUCCCAAUCUAAAAACUAUGCUCCGUGUAGAUCACUUUUAUUAAUUGGACAGCGACUGUAGAGAAUCGAACCUAACUGCACUGAAACAAUGGCAUUACGGCAGCAGCCAAGGUCGCUUUGAUGUCGCGGCAGAAUCCUAUAAAUGAGCUGCCUGUAGGCCUAUCUCACAGUAGAGCAGAACAGAAAGACCUCAGAUGAUAUCAAUAAAAUGUCAACUGAUCUAAUAACCAUAUAUAUCGUAAUAGAAAUGCUAACGAGGCAUUAGUAUUUACCAUGGAUACUGGAUUAUGAAAACACAUUAUCGCAAAUUGAUAGAAGCAACUAUAAUACAACCUGUAUUAGCUAGUAUAUAGCUAUGUAUUGAAUGAAUAACUGUUCACCGAAUAACAGACACUGCAUACAUGAUAUUGAUACAGAUAUAAGUUUACCAACAUAUCAAUAUAUUAUAUGAUUAUUCACAGGUAUAUAUGUGUUUACCUAAAUAUUGAAUGGACGGAUAAUUAAACAAACGCAACAUUUAUCAUAAAGAGGCCAGACUGAUAGCUGCGUUAUUAUAUUGAAUUGGAGAUUUCUAUAAUGUGAUUCAUCUCUCUAUAUAAAUACUGUAUCUGUAUUAGAUGAAGUUUUGAAUGAUUAUAUCCUAUCGGGAGUGAAAUUCUAUAUUGACCACAUUUGUGGAUUAUAACAUUAAUUUGUGGAUUAUAUUGAACACUUUUGUGGAUUAUUUUGAAAACUAAUUUGUGGAUUACAUCGAACAUUAAUUUGCUAAUUGAACAUUACAUGGAUUAUUUAUGCUGAAAUAUUCGACAAAAAUAUGUUUGGAUUAAUAGCCUGGAUAUCAAGAGUGUGAUACUUUGAUUAAUGAUACACUGUACGUAGUAAUUAACGGGAUAUAUGGGUGAAUUAGGCGUACAGACGAGGUCGACGAUGGAUAGCUGGGUUUGUCCGAAUGACCGCCAACUUGCCCUGCGUGCAAGGUUGAAUGCGGGUUGGUCUGUGCAUACCAGUGAGAUGAAGUCAUUCAAUCGUAGAGAGUCUCUUAGUCAAGAUGAGCAGGAGCAGAUUGUGCGUGUCAUGAAACGUGCGGAGUUACUGGAUGGGGCAGAGCAAGAGAGAAUAGGGCGUUUGGUAGAAAGGCUGGACAAUAUGAAAAAGAAUUGUAUUGGGAAUGGGACCUCACAAUGUGUACUCUGUGGAGACCAUUUUGGUUUGAUGUCAGCCUCUUCAACACACUGCGAGGACUGCAAAAAGGCGUGUUGCAUGAAAUGUACAGUAGAUAUUAACCCCAUACAUAGCCCUAAGAUGCAGCGAAAAGCUAUGGUGCUAUGUAAAAUAUGUAGCGAGGAUAGAGAGCUUUGGAAGCGAUCCGGAGCCUGGUUUUUCAAAGGUCUGCCAAAAUAUACCAUUCCAAAGUCACGUGGGGAUACUAAAUAUACAGGAAGUAGUGCAAUUACUGGUUUAGGUGCUGGGAGGAGUAAACCAGAAGUGUUACGGCGUGCUGGGAAACCAGUUCAACAAAGACAAUAUAAUACAUGGAGCAGGGCCAAUAAAAAUAACUAUGGAGACAGCAGUGACUCUAACUCAAGUUCUGAAGAGGAAUCAGAAGAUGAUGAUGACAUAAGCAUAGGUAGAUCUAAACACAAUGUCACCUCCUUAGAUUCUGAGGUGGACAGUAUGAGUGUGAACAGUGCAAAUAACAACCUCUACUGUGCAGCCAGUCAGUCAAGUAUCACUGGGGCGGCACAGUUAAGUGCCACAGAGAGCAGUCGGGGCAGUCUCCAUGGAGAUUCUGACAGUGAAAUAUCAACACAAGGUUUUAGUCGUAACAGUUCCUUGCGGUCACAAAAUCCUGCACAUUCACGGACAAACACAGGAGAUGAUAUUGACAGUGCUUUCAACCAAUAUGGUGUCAAUGAAGACACACCUCCUUCCUCACCCGACUCUGAUAGUGGGAGUUCUCUGGGCACUUUAGAAUUCUCAAUCCUGUAUGAUGCAGUGAAUAAUGCACUCAAGAUAAACAUUGCCAGAGGCAGAGGUCUUAAAGCUAUGGAUUCCAAUGGACUCUCAGACCCAUAUGUUAAAGUCCACCUGCUCCCAGGGGCCAGUAAAGCCAACAAGAGGCGUACAAAAACAAUCCCAAAGACCCUGAGCCCAGAAUGGAAUGAAACACUGGUGUACCAUGGUAUAACAGAAGAUGAUAUGUCAAGGAAAGCACUCAGGCUCGCAGUCUUAGAUGAAGAUGCCUUCGGGUCAGAUUUUAUUGGUGAAACUCAGGUCCAGUUGAAGAAACUCAAAGCACAGCAAACAAAAUCUUUUAAUGUGUUCUUAGAAAAACAGUCCCCAAUGGAAAGGGAUGAUGAUCUGAUAUCCCAUGAGAGGGGGAAGAUACUGAUAGCAUUGAAAUACUCCACCCACAAACAAGCCCUCCAUGUUUCUAUAAUACGCUGUGCAGAACUGGCCUCAAUGGAUAGUAAUGGCUAUUCUGACCCUUAUGUUAAAGUAUAUUUAAAACCUGACAAAGACAAGAAAUCAAAACAUAAGACUGCAGUCAAAAAGAAAACCCUCAACCCAGAAUUCAAUGAAGAAUUUGUUUAUGAAAUUAAGCACAAUGAGUUAGCCAAGAAGACUCUUGAGGUUACUGUCUGGGACCAUGAUCUGGGAAAAGCAAACGAUUAUAUUGGGGGCCUAUUGCUUGGGAUUCAGUCCAAGGGCAAGUGUUUGAAACAUUGGUUUGAGGCGUUGAAAUACCCAGACAAAGAACACCAAAAAUGGCACAAUUUGACCCUGGACCAGCCAAGAAUUGACCAUUAAGAUGUAAUUAGGUGGUGUACAGCUUGGUAUUGCAGCCAGGGGGAUGAAACUACGGCACUGGUUUGAAACGAUCAAAAAUAAAGACUUGAGAUAUGAACGUUGGCACACGUUGUCUAGUGAACUACAGCCGGAGGUCAAUUAGAUGUGAUUCAAAUACAGGGGUCUUAAUUGUAUGAUAUGAUAUGAUAGGAGACCUGAUUGAAACAUUGGAUGAUUAUGAACCUCAUACAUGUAAUACA